GUGAGUGUCAUCACAAAAUGCAGAAACAACACAUUUUCAAAAAUCACAGGAGUUAAGUGGCCCAGGAAUGUGAGUCUAACUGGUAGCUGAAACAGCAAUGAAGGAAGCAAUGAAGGAUGAGUGAAGACCUGUGGUGCAGUUAUACUGCAGGCUGAUGAGCUCAGCAGGGGUGCAGCAGGUGAUCAGGGAGCCAGGAGCUGGGAAGGUUAGCAGGAGAAAGCCACAGCCACACUAACGCACAGACAUAGACAGGGACAGACAGACAGACAGACAGAGGAGCACUGAGAGGGAGACUCAGGACACUCUAGGCAAUAUGCUGGGGGACACCCAUGACGGUUAGCAGUUCCACCACAGAGACGUUUCCCCAUCUAACAUGGUUUUAUAUAAUCAGUCUUGCAGAAAGGAAAGAAAACAGAUUUGUUUGUUUGUUUGUCUGAAGACGCCCCAAAUUUAUCUUGUGACUCAUUCUUUCUAGCUGCAGCUAUGGGAGGAGCACCAAGUCAGCCGUGGAGGCCUUUGCCAAAGAACAAUGAAAACCUUAAUUUUGUGAACUCUUACCAACCUCAAAACAAAGAAGUCCGUUCUCUCAGAAUUCUGCUUCAUGGACCAGUCGGUGCUAGGAAGUCCAGUUUCAUCAACUCUGUUGACUCUGUCUUACAAGGAAGAAUCAGUGGUCAAGCUUUGUCAGACACAAUCAGUGGGAAGAGCUUUACCCAAAUAUAUAAAACCUUCCAUUUCCACAAAGAUGCAAACCACUUUUAUCCUUUCGUUAUGACUGACAUCAUGGGCUUAGAGAAAAAUGAGAGCAACGGAGUUUGUCUGGAGGACCUGAAAUUGGCCCUGAAGGGACACGUGAAAGAAGGUUACAAGUUCAUUCCUGGGCAGCAGAUCUCAGAGGGUGAUCCCAGUUACAACUCGUCUCCCACUCUGAAUGAUCGUGUUCACGUCCUGGUUUCUGUCCUUCCUGCUGGUUUUGCAUCUUUGAUAAGUGAUGAAGUUGUGAAGAAGAUGAGAGAAGUCAGACUAGCAGCCAGUGAGAUGGGGAUUCCUCAACUGGUGAUUCUCACCAAGGUUGAUGAAGCCUGUCCUGAGGUUAAACAAGAUCUAAAGAAUAUCUACAAGAGCAAGUACCUGAAGGAACAGGCUGAACAAUUCAGCACGUUGCUGGGCCUUCCAUUGAACUGCAUCUUUCUUGUGAAGAACUAUGAAUCAGAAAGCACCACGACUGAGGAUGUUGAUGCUCCAAUACUGUGUGCACUGAGACAGAUGAUCACGUUUGGAGAAGACUUCCUCAACGACCUGGACAGCUAAAUACUGCUGAGGAAAAUCUUUGACCUUUAAACAAUAUCAAGUUCUUUCUGCUUCAUGAUUUACGUUACAUAUACACAAGUAUACAGAAGAUACUGUGGUGACUAUGAUAACAAUAGUAGUAACAAUAAUGGUAGUAGCUGUACAGAGUAGCCGUGGCCUAGAGGUUGAAGAAGUCAGUUCGAUUCCCCCUGGACUGGCAGGAAAAAAUUUGGGUGUUGUGGAGUGAUUCAUCAAUCCUCUCCCCACUUCCAUUAGUUGGCUGAUGUGCCCUUGAGGAAGGCACUUAACCUCCAACUGCUCCCUGGGCACCUGACAGCAGCCACCCACUCCUCCUGUGUGUUUCACUGCAUGUUGCAUGUGUGUUCAAUCAGUGAUGGAUUAAAUGCAGAAAAGAAUUUCGGUGCAUGCAAAAAUAUACAGACAAAUAAAGUUUUAAGUUUAAGUUUAGUAAUCU